AUGGUUUCUACUAACGAUGAAGGUGGUCCGUCUAGUACGAAAACAGUUGGUAAACAUGGUGUGACUCGGUUGCAAAAAAUUCACAAAGCCAAAAGCAAUGGAAAGAGGAUUGAGGUUCAAUGGAAUGCAAGAGGUCAACCAAUCAAGCAUAAUAGCAAGAGUUUUGCUAGUUAUAUUGGUGUCACGGUUCGUCGGUUAGUUCCAAUUAGUUUGGACAAUUGGAGUGCGAAAGAAAAUAAAGAGGCUGUAGGGGUUUAUAAACAAAACAUUUGGGAUGAAAUUGAAAAAGCUUUUGUAAUUGGCGAAGAACAUCGUGCAUAUAUAUAUAAAGAAGCUGGAAGGUUGCACAGGGCAUUCAGGACAAAAUUGGCAAAGUUCUAUCUAAGAGAUAGUAAGGGUGGUUUUGUUAAACAUCGACCGGCAAAAUAUUCUUACUGUAUAAAACAAGAGGAUUGGGAUAAAUUUGUAGCUCAGCGUCAGAAUGAAAAAUUUCAGAAAGUUAGUAGUGAAAAUCGAGAAAGAGUGUUAAAUCCUCAACAUCCUUAUAGAAAGUCACGUUUAGGGUGUGCUCGUCUUGAAGCUGAUAUGGUAGAAGAGUCGGGAGAAGAUGAGAUAAAUCGCAGUCAAGUGUGGAAGGCUGCCCGCGUCAAUAAGAAUGGGGUGAUUGAUAAUGAGAAUGUUCAAAGAGUUGUGGAUCAGUGUGAGAAGUUAACAGAAGCUAUAAUUGAAGAAGAGAGACAAGACCUUGGUCCUACGGACAUAUUAUUCGAGGCUCUAAAUCUCCCAAACUACUAUGGGCGUAUUAGGAGUUACGGUUUUGGGGUAUGUUCUAGGGACAUAUUUCCACGCCAAAUUCGCCCCACACAAAUGGACUUUCAAAGAUUGUAUGGCUUUUGCAACACACUCAAAAGUAGAUUGGAGGUGCUAGAGAGAGAGAAGCUGGAGAGAGAUAAGUUGGAUAGAGAGAAGAUAGAGAGGCAAAAAACCGAAGAAGUGGCCGAGAAAGAACAACCUGAACAAGUGUCAAACAACUUGCAACAGCCUGAAAAAGGGGCACAGGGCUUGCAACAACUUGAAGAUGUGGCAGAGAGGCAACAACCUGAACAAGUUUCAAAGAGCUUGCAACAGCCUGAAAAAGGGACACAGAGGCAAGAGUUAAGUGAUAAAGGUUCUUGCAACCCUGGAUCAUUCGGUAAUAUUCCCGAGGGUCUCCUUCCUGUUAAUAUAUAUUUAUCAUCCCCGAGUCGGUGUUUGGUUGCUCGUGGCAAACUAUAUAACACCAAAGGUAACACAGUGCACGGCAUGACGUUACCACCUGGAUAUGUCAAGGUUAAUAUCGAAGUUGCUAUUGUGCCAAAUGCUCAAUUGCCUAUAUCUGUUGAAGGUGGUGAUGUAUCGAUGGUUGGUCAGGCAAUAGGAACAAUUGUGCCAUGGCCAAUGAACCUUCUUGAAUUUGUUGCUGAACGUGAAAAGAAUCCUGAUCAAUCCCAAAACAAAGUUAAGAAUACCCAACGAAGUGUUGAUUCUGUUUCGUCACCUAACAAAAGCAACAUAAAAUUCAAAAUUGAAGAGUCUCCUAGAGUUGGUGGUUCAACCAAUCUUGUAAAUUUACCUUUCCUUGAUAUGUAUGUGAAAAAGAUGAUGAGGGUUGGAUCGUUAAUUCAAAUAAAAAUGGAGGAAAGUAUAUUUGGUGAGGAGUUUAUAGAGCAUCUACGUGUAGAGGGUAUAAAAGAGAUUCUUGAUCACAAUUGGUUAAGUGCCUCUGUUAUCACUGUAUUUUCCAGGUAUUUGUAUGACAAGUUUAUUAGUCCAAAUGGAUUAAUAAAUAAGUUCUCCUUCAUAUCCCCACAUGUAUCAAGGGAGGAUAAUCUAGGAAAUGCUAUAGCAAAAAUACUUCUGAAAGAUGAGGAGUAUUUCAAGGAUAAGAUGAUUCUUGCACCUUGCAAUCUAGGGAAACAUUGGGUCCUACUUGUCAUCAAUCUCGAUGCUGAGGUGAUAUAUUACAUGGAUCCGUUGAAUGGUGAACCAACUAAACAUCAAAAUUUAAAAACCAAGUUUGAGAAUGCAUUGCAAAUUUAUCGUGCUAAUAGUAACUCUAAAGUGCCUAAAGUCUCCAAGUCAAAGAAAAUUUCAUGGUCAAAAAUUCGGUGUCCCCGUCAAAUUAAUAGCAUUGACUAUGGAUAUUUUGUAAUGCGAUUUAUGAAAGAGGUCAUCAUGGAAAAUGAAAUUAUGAUCCCCAUAAAUUACUUUCCUGACCACAAGUGUCGUACCUACUCUAAGGAUAAGUUAACUGAGGUCAAAGAUGAUUGGGCUACCUAUAUGGUGGAUGAUAUUUUCGGAAAACAAGAAGCAAUGGUUUUGCCUAGCUAG